AUGGGUAGACCUAACAAAAGACAAAUUCAAAUCACAAAACCAGCCCAAGAUAAAAAAGAAGAAGCAGUGAUCCAACAUGUAGAUAAUACCAGUGACGUUGGAAGGAAUGAAGAUCCUAACAAAAGACAAAUUCAAAUCAUAAAACCAGCCCAAGAUAAAAAAGAAGAAGCAGUGAUCCAACAUAUAUUUAAUCCUGUCUUUAACAAUAACAAAAGUUUUGAAAUAAUCAUUGAAAAAUCAAAUGAGUUAGACGACCUUGUAAAAACAUACAAACUAUUUAUGGGUGGAGAAAUUAGUGAAGAAGAGUAUAAAAUAAAAAAAGAAAAAUUUGCUAAAGCUUCCGGUAGAAAUGUAAACGAAAUUAAUGAUCAGCCAGCAGAUGAUGAUGGUAUCAAUCUUGAAGAUGACUGGAAAAAAGCAAUAAAUUCCGUUGAACAAGCUCUUGAAACCCCAAUUUAA